UUGAUUUUAUGUGAAUUUACUUAAGACAUACAUUUUCUAACACACUUGUUAAAAUAAUGUUCAUUGUGGCUUACGUUAUCUGUUAUUUUUAACAAUGAAUGAGUUGACAUUAUUAAAAUGGAUUGUAAUAGUUGUUUUAGUGCUAUUGAAAUUCUCAGUAAUGGGUGAGGAAGUACAAACCAAGGUAAGUGGACAAACAACUCAAACAUGUAUGGAUUCCUCAGACUUUGCGCAAGUAGUCAAAACAUCUUACUAUGUGGACAAAACACUCUUCAUCAAAGACAUCUUCCUUUCAGCUAAAGUAAACAUGGUCGCAGCUCCAAGGAAGUUUGGAAAAUCCACCAAUCUCAACAUGAUCAAGAGGUUUUUGGAAAUUGAAAUGGAUACCAACGGUCAACCUAUGAACAUUACAAGCACUUCCAACUAUAAAGUAUUUGUAGAGAACCAUUUACAAAUAACCAAAGAUGAACGAUUCUUCAAUCAGCAUUUUGGUAAACACCCAGUUAUAUACAUAAACUUUAGCUCCCUGAAGACAGUUGAUAGUUAUAAGGAUUUGUUGAAGGAGUUCCGAAAAAUAGUUACCAAAACAUUUGCUUACCACACUUAUUUAGUGAAAAAUGCUUCCAUAUGGAAAAGUGAGGCUGAAAAAGAAACUUUUGUCAAGUACAUAAUCAGGCCAAAAAGUAAAGAACUAAAACUAGAAGAUUUACCCUUUGUUUUUAAAUGGUUAACCCAACUUCUUCAUAACAGAUUUGGAAGGAAACCGGUUGUUUUAAUUGAUGAGUGUGAUGCUUUUGUCUAUCCACUGAUUUUUAAGAGUGCUAAGGACUUGGGGAGAGUCAGCAGGUUUAUGAUGAAGACGGAAGAAUCCUUAUUGGUCUCUAAUGAGCAUAUUGAUAGAGGUCUUAUGACUGGAGUGUUGAAUACCUACAGAGGUGACUUAGCUGAUGAUAUUUACGACUACCACUUUCUUGAAGAUUACCAGUUUAGUCUCUACUAUGGGUUGACAGAAGAUGACCUUGCUAUUUUAUUGAAGAGACUCGUUCCUGAUGAUGUAAAGAGAAGUCAGCUGAAGAAGACUAUUGAUGAGUUUUAUGGAGGCUACAAGAUUUAUAACAAAAACUGUACCUUGACUAAUUCUCACACUAAUAUUUACUGUAUUUGGUCUGUUAUAUAUUUUCUUACCCACCAUCAUUAUAUGAUCAAUUAUCUCUGCCCACCUGAGUAUUAUGACCAGUUUCAAAAUAUCUUUAAAAACGAUGAAGUAAAAAGUGUAGUGAAGAGCUUACUUGAAGGAAAACAAACACACUUGGACCUUCGAGAGCCGUUUUACAAAGAGGACAUUUUAGAACUUAACAACCUUGUUAAGAAUAUCAAUACCACUGGUGAGUUCAGAAGAUCUACAGUGCCUCAUUUACUUUACAAUUUUGGUUAUUUAACUCCAGUUGUGGACAAUAAUGGUUUUUCUAUAGGAAGAUACAAGCUAGCUAAUAAGGAAACAUUAUGUGAACUAGAAAAAUACAUCAGUGCAUAGUAAAUACAGGGUGAUGAACGAGAAAAAACAAA